AUGGCGUCGGCUGACAUGGAUGAUUUGAUUUUUGGUGAAAUCUGCCGCUGCUGUAUGGCGAGCAAACCGCGUAUGAAGCCGCUUUUCGACACAAAUCUCUUCACGAUGCUAAACGCGGUCACCGGUUUGAAUGCGCACCAGAACGAUGGCUUACCGUCGCAGUUGUGCGUGCCCUGCGUGCUGCAGAUCCGCCGAUCGCACUUCUUCAAGUUGCAGUGCGAGAGCACGGACCUAACGCUGCGCCGGUACGUGGUCGAAUCGAAGCACCUAGGGCUGUACGAUUACGACAUGCCGUCGCGGUCUACAGACAAAGCGAAGGUGAAAAAGGAGGCCGACUCGUCGUUGCAAAACGAUCCGACGGGAAACGAGGAGGAUGGCGAGUCAACGAAAACCCUGGCGCAGGUGAAGUUUCACUGUCCCGAGUGCUCGAAGGAGUUCACAGCAGAGCGCAAGCUGAAGCGCCACAUGCGGAUACAUUUCAUGGACAAGCCGCACUUCUGCACCGAGUGCGAUAUGUCGUUCGUCGAGAAGUCGAACCUAACGAAACACAUGCGCAAGCACACGGGCGAGCUGCGGAACAGCAAGGCAAAACCGCACCUGUGCUGCGAGUGCGGUAAAUCCUUCAAAUACAGCACGUCCCUGUCGCGCCACAAGCGGUUCCACGCGAGGCGCAACCUAUUCACAUGCACGAUCUGUUCGAAAUCGUACGUGGAGCAGAACUCUCUGGAUGUGCACAUGCGAUCGCACACGAACGAGCGCCCGUUUGGAUGUUCCAUCUGCGACAAACACUUCGCCCAGAAGGCCAAUCUCGAGCGCCACGAGCGAAUCCACACAGGCAAGUGAGGCGAGAAACCGUACCGGUGCGAUUUGUGCGGCAAAUGCUUCUCCCAGAAGAGCUACUUGUGCAUUCACAAGCGAAUACACUCGAAGGAAAAGCCGUUCGAGUGUCAGGACUGUCAUAAGUGCUUCAUAUCGCGCAACUCGCUGCAGAAGCACCAGCGGAAGCCAUGCUCAGCACACCCGCACCGGUGCAACGUGUGCACGAAAACAUUCCGCUUCAAGAAGGCCUUGCGUCUGCACCGGCAAACGCAUCGGUUGGAGCGUCCGCACGCGUGCAAGAUGUGCGAGAAGCGGUUCAUGCACGCAACUAACCUCGCGACGCACGUCAAGGAGAAACAUCCGGACGGGCCCGUCGGGUCGGGUGACGAUGAGUAUCAAAGCGAAGACCAGAAGCCGAUAGUUAAGGAAAACGACGGUGCUCCAGCUAAAUCGGAUCCGCUCGGGCAAAGGACACGCAAAGGGCAAGCGAAGUCGUUGGAGGACAGCAGCCAGGAGGAAUACGGCUUCGAGGACGAAGAAGAUGAAGAAGAGGACGUGGACGAGGAAGAAGACGAAGAAGAGGGCGAAGAAGAGGAGGAAGAAGACGACGAAGAGGACGAAGAGAUCGAAAUCGACGAAGACGACGGCAUGUGCAUCAUAGGCGUGGACGCCGAAAAUAUGGAUAUGGAGGACCAGAGCUCGGACGAGGAAGUGGUACACGUGAUGUACAAUGGUUAUACCGAGCAGGACGAGUUCACGACCAUCAAGCAGGAACCGCUGCUGGAAAUUCAAAUCAUGAACCCGGGUGAAACGAAUUCCGAUAUCGAGCAGUGAGGCGAUGGCGCUUUUAAAACUCUGCACGCAGUUGGGCAAA